AUGGCAGCUGCUACUACGUCCGCUGCGGCUGCGUCGUCGCAGGCACCCCCCGACUACUCGAAAGCAACCGACGGUACCGGUGUCAUUGCUGGCGAUCCAUGGCUCGAGCCUUUCGCACCUUCUCUCCGUGCAAGAUAUGCCCUCUAUACCGACUGGCUCAACAAGAUCAACGCCUCCGAGGGCGGCCUCGAGGCCUUCUCACGCUCCUACCGCAACAUGGGCUUCCAGAUUGAUCCCAAUACCCAGGCAGUCACCUACACCGAGUGGGCGCCCAAUGCCGUCGAAGCCUCGCUCAUCGGCGAUUUCAACGGCUGGUCUCGCGAUGCACACAAGAUGAACAGGGACGACUUUGGCAAAUGGCACAUCACCAUCCCGCCUCUGGCUCACGGACAAUGCGCCAUCCCGCACGACUCUAAGGUCAAGAUCUCCAUGUUGUUGCCCUCUGGGGAACGCAUCGAGCGCCUGCCUGCCUGGAUCUUGCGUGUCACCCAGGACCUCGAUGUCUCGCCUGUGUACGAUGCUCGUUUCUGGAACCCUCCCAAACAAGAACGCUACACGAUGCACUACCCGAAACCACCCAAGCCGAACAACAUCAAGGUCUACGAGGCGCACGUCGGUAUCGCUACUCCAGAAGCACGCGUUGGUCAGUUCAAAGAGUUCACCAAGAACGUCCUGCCACGCAUCAAAGAGCUCGGUUACAACACCAUCCAGCUCAUGGCCAUCCAGGAGCAUGCCUACUAUGCCUCGUUCGGCUACCAGGUUACCAACUUUUUCGCCGCGAGCAGCCGCUAUGGCAAUCCAGAAGACCUCAAGGAACUCAUCGACGUGGCCCAUUCGUUGGGCAUCACCGUUCUGCUCGAUAUCGUCCACUCGCAUGCCUGCAAAAACGUGCUCGACGGUCUCAACAUGUUUGACGGUUCCGACCACCUCUACUUCCAUGAAGGCGCCAAAGGUCGACACGAGCUGUGGGACUCACGUUUAUUCAACUAUGGCCAUCACGAGGUGCUGCGCUUCCUGUUGAGCAACUGCCUCUUUUGGAUGGAAGAGUACGGCUUUGACGGUUUCCGAUUCGAUGGUGUCACUUCGAUGCUCUACACCCACCACGGCAUCGGCACUGGAUUCAGCGGUGGAUACCACGAGUAUUUCGGUGAUUCGGUCGACGUUCAGGCCGUCGUUUACCUCAUGCUUGCUAAUCAUCUGAUCCACCAGUACAACCCCAACGCCAUCACCAUCGCUGAGGACGUUUCGGGCAUGCCUGCUCUCUGUCGCCCUGUCUCCGAAGGCGGUGUGGGCUUCGACUACCGCCUCUCGAUGGCGGUACCCGACAUGUGGAUCAAGCUGCUCAAGGAAAGUUCGGAUGAAGACUGGGAUUUCGGAAGCAUCUGCUUUACCCUCACCAACCGUCGACACCUGGAGAAGUCCAUCGCAUAUGCGGAGUCGCACGACCAAGCGCUCGUCGGAGACAAGACCCUCGCGUUCUGGCUCAUGGACAAAGAGAUGUACACGAACAUGUCGGACUUGACCGAACGCACGCAGGUUAUUGACCGCGGCUUGGCCUUCCACAAGAUGAUCCGACUCAUCACGCACGCUCUGGGUGGCGAGGGGUACCUCAACUUUAUCGGAAACGAGUUCGGACACCCGGAGUGGCUUGAUUUCCCGCGCGAAGGAAACGGCAACUCGUUCCACUACGCACGAAGACAGUUCAACCUCGUGGAUGACCAGUUGUUGCGGUACAGGUAUCUGUAUGCCUUCGACGCGGCCAUGAACAAUGCCGAGGACAAGUUCCAGUGGUUGGCGGCUCCGCAGGCGUACAUCUCGCUCAAGCACGAAUCGGAUCGUGUUGUUGCUUUUGAACGCGCUGGACUGCUCUUCGUCUUCAACUGGCACCCUACCAACUCGUACACAGACUACAGGGUGGGUGUCGAUGUGCCUGGCAAGUACAAGGUCCUGCUCGACACCGAUGCAAAGGAGCUAGGCGGGCACGGGAGGGUCGAUCAUGCUACGGAGUACUUCACGACCGACAUGGAGUGGAACGGUCGUCGCAACUUUGUGCAGGUUUAUUUGCCGAGUAGAAGCGCGAUUGUGCUGUACAAGGCCGAUUGA